AUGUACCUGGUCGCUACCAUCUUCGCCAUUGCGCAAUGUAGUCCGCGCAAGAAAAUCUGGAACCCAUUGAUGAACACGGGCCACUGCAUCGACACAAGCGCUGCAUACUUGUCUACUGCAAUAUUCAACGUCAUCACCGACUUCGCAAUCUUGAUCCUACCGAUGCCAAUUCUUUGGAAACUACAGAUGCCCCGGAAGAAGAAGAUCCAGACGACAGCAGUAUUUGCAACGGGCUUCCUGGCUUGUGUGACAUCCGUCUGGCGCACAUACUACGCUUGGCAGAUUUUCCAGUCGCGCGACAUCAGCUAUAACGUGGUCAAGAUGGGUCUCUGGACUUACGCCGAGAUUGCCAUUGGUACCAUUGUCAGCUGCAUGCCCGUACUCCCCAAAUUCUUCCGACACUUCAGUCCGAAACUCUACGCGACGUUCGCUUCCAAAUCCAAGCGUGGCAGCAGCAGUAGUAAUCCUCCACCCAAAUCCCGAUCUUCCGUCAUGGUGGAAACACCUCGAAACUCGGCGGAAUCAUCCAAGAAACUCUUCGCAAAAGGCAAUGGAGGAGAAAGGGACGUCUCACAGAUAUGGAACCAAGCUUAUCACCCGUCGACCGUCGAGGUCAAGGGCGAGUAUGUCACGCUGGACGAGUACGACGCUGUGCUACCGAGAAUGGGUACGGCGAGUGAAUCGGACCCAAAGAUGGGCAAGGGCAACGCUACAAAAAGAGAUGAUUUGGAGAGCGCUCAGCAUGAUUUUGCUAUCCGAGGGACUAGCUUUCCGCAACGGAGAUGA